AUGGAAAAGUUGGAUUUGAAGAACGUGAGACGCCAAGCCAAGGUGUUAGGAACAAUAGUGACGGUGGUGGGAGCCAUGUUGAUGACAUUUUAUAAAGGAAGUGUCAUCAACUUUUUCUGGACCGGGCAUGGCCGCCACCCAACCACACCACCCACGGCGGAUGCGGCGGCGGCGUCCAACCUCCACAACGACGGAAAGUUCAUCAAAGGCUCCAUCUUGCUUAUCAUCGCCACUCUAGCUUGGGCCGCCUUCUUCAUUCUCCAAGCCAUAACCUUGAGAAAAUACACAGCCCAUCUUUCUCUCACCACCAUGGUUUGCUUUUUAGGAACCCUUCAAGCCAUUGUCGUCACCCUCGCCAUGGACCACCCCCGCCACUCCUGGUCCAUCGGCUGGGAUAUGAACCUCUUGGCCGCCGCUUAUGGG